CCACCGCCGUCACUUCGCAGGCAAACAAGCCUUUUCUGCCCGACAUUAUGCUCAUCCUGACUCCGCUGGAAAGGAGGCUGAAAUGACGGAUGCAACCAUGGAGGCGAUACCCUGGGACGGCUUAUUUACCUCCGAAGAGGCACUUUAAGUUUAGAGGGAAGCCGAUGCGUGUGUCUCUCUCUUUACUUUCACCGACCCCCUCCUCCUCCGCUGGCAGAAAUUUAUAAAGAACAAAAAAUCCGACGAGGGAGGGAGGAGGGGGGUUGAUAUACGCCGAGGCUGAAAUCGAGAGGCGAACCCAGGGAAAGAGGAGUAAUUUGUACACGGGACUUUCCCCCUCUUAGUACCCCAAAAGGAGGGGGAAAAGUCGCAGUAUUGGAAACGAAGAGGAAUGAGCUUGUAAGGGCGUGAAAACGUCUGCAAUUGUGGAUACUUUAUAUAUUUUUAUUUCGAAAAAAUAUGGCCGAGAACGUUCUGGACUCUGGCCCGCCUUCAGCCAAAAGGCCUAAACUCUCCUCUCCGGCACUUUCCGCCUCCGCCAGCGAUGGAAAUGAUUUUGGGUCAUUGUUAGACUUGGAGCAAGACCUCCCAGAUGAGCUCAUCAGCUCGAAUGAACCAGGUCUGGUCAAUGGUGGGGACCUUAACCAGUUGCACACCAGUCUGGGAGGAGGACCUUCAGGGUUGGGUCAUGGAGGGGCAGGAGGGUUGAGUAUUGGUCUUGGUUCUGGAGGAGUUCCUGGUGGUGUUGGUGGCGGUCAGGAUGCUGUGGCCAAGCACAAACAACUGUCCGAGCUUUUACGCUCGGGAGCAACCACCUCAAAUCAGCAAGGGCACCAAGGAGCCAUGGGCAGCCCAGGAGGCCCCACGACUAUGGGGCAACACUUGGCGAACAUGAAGGCAUCUCCGGGUCAUGGGCCUCAGCAGAUGAUGGGCCAGGGGCAGCACCUUUCUCCUCAGCAACAGGCCAACAUGAUGCAGCAGCAACAGAAUGCUGCAGCUGGAAUGAUGAGCAGCAUUAACAGGGCCAUGAUGGGAGCGCAGCAGAAAGGCAAUAAUGGACAGCAGCAGCCAGGCAUGAUUGCGAACCAGGUGCUGAAUGGUUCUCCCAGGAUGGGCUUUGGUAAUCAGGGAAUGGCUGGCAGCAGCACCUUGUUGGCUGAAACCCUCCAACAGCAAGCAGCUGGGGGCCAGGCUGGAAUGAGAGGCCAGCAACCUGGAGCAAUGAACAAGAUGGGGAUGAUGGGGAACCCAGGUGGCCCCUUCGGAGGUCCAUAUGGCAGUCAGGGAGCUGCAGGGCUGGGCCCUCAGCUCCAGAACAAAGGUCCCAUGGCCAACAGCCUGGCCCAGUUCAAUGUGGACAAAAAGAAUCAGCCCAUGCAAGGAAUGGGUGGCAUGGGCGCCCAGCAGUCACAGGCAGGAGUUGGUGGUCCCACCGGUGCACCUGUGGGAGCAGCCCAAGGGAUGGUGCCCAAUGCUCCAGCAGGUCUAGUAGGGCCUGGUGGUCAAGCCUCUCCAGCAUCUGCUGCAGCCGGAGCACCACCAACCGCUGACCCUGAGAAGCGCAAACUAAUCCAGCAGCAACUAGUGCUCCUGCUUCACGCGCACAAGUGCCAGCGACGGGAGCAGGCCAACGGAGAAGUCCGGCAGUGCAACUUGCCCCACUGUCGCACCAUGAAGAAUGUCCUCAACCAUAUGACUCACUGUCAGGCUGGCAAGUCCUGUCAAGUGGCUCAUUGUGCAUCCUCAAGGCAGAUCAUCUCCCACUGGAAGAACUGCACGCGGCAUGACUGUCCUGUCUGCCUGCCACUGAAGAAUGCUGGAGACAAGAGGAAUCCGCAGUGUGAGUCUCUACUUGGCGGGGCCAGUGCAGGACUGGGCAGCUCUCUUGGGACAGUACCUGGUAGCCAACCAAGCACUCCCAACCUCAACCCGCCUAGCCAGAUUGAUCCAAGCUCAAUAGAAAGAGCCUACGCUGCCUUGGGUCUCACCUACCAGGGGAACCAGAUCCAGGCUCAGACAGCCCAGCCCAGCAUGCCCAACCAGGGACAGGCAGGGAUGAGGCCUAUGAAUCCAAUGGGUGUAAAUCCUAUGGGAGUUAAUGGAGGUGUGGGUGCGACCCCUCAGAGCCAACAAGCAAGUCUGCUGCAGGACGCCAUGGUGCAUCUAAACGUGAACAACCAAAGUUUGAUGAAUGAUGGGGUUGGUUCCAUGCCCACAGCAGCCUCUCCCUCUGCCACAGGCAUAAGGAAAGGCUGGCAUGAAGACAUCACACAAGACCUUCGAAAUCACUUAGUGCACAAGCUUGUCCAGGCCAUUUUCCCGACUCCAGAUCCUGCUGCCCUCAAGGACCGUCGAAUGGAGAACCUGGUGGCUUAUGCUCGAAAGGUUGAGGGUGACAUGUACGAGUCAGCCAACAGCAGAGCUGAGUACUACCAUUUGCUAGCAGAGAAAAUCUAUAAGAUCCAGAAAGAAUUGGAGGAGAAGAGGAGGACCCGGCUGCAGAAGCAAGGUCUGGGACUUGGGCCUGCUGGCAUGGGUCAGCCCCAAACAGGACUGCCUGCAAAUGGUCCACUCCCUGACCCGUCAAUGGUGCGACCACCAGGACCAAACCAGAUGGUCAACCGGAUGCAAGGCCCAGGUAUGAAUCAGUUCAAUCAGAUGGGGAUGCAGUCCAUGACUCAGAGGUCCACACCUCCUCUGCCCAUAGGAGGACCUGGGAACCAGAUGGGAAUGGUUGGACCCAGGGUGGGACAGCCCAAUGUGAACCAGCUGCAGAACCAGUAUCUGUCCCAAGGACAGUUUCCUGGCACAGGCCCUGGAGUUGGAGCAGCUCAGCCUGGGAUGACCCAGCCUGGAGGACAGGGUGGCAUGGCCCAGACACAGAUGGGAACCCCUCCCUCUCUCUCAGUUGCUAGUCCCCUAUCGCAGCAGGGCUCAGCCAGCGGUCCCGGUGGUGUCUCCACAGUGGGGCCAAUGGGUCCGCAAAGUGUGGGUGGUGGAGGUCCCAACUCAGCUGUUGGAGCUCCUCUGACUCCAUCGAACACAAACCAGCAACCCAACUCCAUCCCCCAUUUGGGAGCAGUGCGUGGCAGCUCUCCUUCCCCUGCACACAGUCGAUCUCCUACUCCGCACCAAACGCCUCCCAGACUAGCUGGAUCCCAGACGCCACAACCACACACCCCUAACGCACCACAGCUGGCACCGCCUUUAGCCCUUCAGCAGAAUCAGCUCAGUCAGGGCCCAGGCUCCAACAAGCCCCUCCAGCAGCACCACAUAGGACCCGCUGGUUCGACCACUCCAUCGCACCCUGGAUUAGCCUCCAAUUCGACACCACAUGGUGGACAGUUGCCACACACUCCGUUGUCCCAGAAGGGAUCAUUCCCAGCAGACAGUCAGGCCCUGACUCCAGCCUCUGUCAGCAGUCUGGACACAUUGUCCCAGCAGCCCCAGUCAGACACCUCAGCCACCAACCUCGAAGCCAAGAUGGAAGUCAAGCAUCAAGAUGAGGAGGAAGAGGGUGAUGGGGGCAGCUGCUCCAAAGGAGGGAAGCUCAGCAAUCACAAAACAGAGGAAAAGCCUGUAAAAUUAGAACUUAAGAAGGAAGAGUGUUCUGGAGAGGGGGGCAAAGGAGUUCCUAUGGAUACUUCAACAACAACACAAGCAUUGGGAGUGAAGAUGGAAGACAGGAAACCGGAGGUGAAGAAAGAGGUGAAAGAGGAAGAGGAGACUUCUGAAGCAGUUGUUCCACAGGCUCCAGUGAAAAAGAAAAUCUUUAAGCCAGAGGAGCUCCGCCAGGCACUGAUGCCCACACUAGAAUCUCUCUACAGACAAGACCCAGAGUCUCUGCCCUUUAGGAUGCCUGUUGACCCACAGCUGCUCUGCAUACCUGACUACUUUGACAUUGUGAAGAAUCCCAUGGACCUAUCAACUAUUAAGCGAAAGCUAGACACAGGUCAGUACCAGGAUCCCUGGCAGUACGUGGAUGACAUCUGGCUGAUGUUUAACAAUGCCUGGCUGUACAAUCGCAAAACAUCACGGGUCUACAAGUACUGCUCCAAGCUGGCUGAGGUUUUCGAGCAAGAGAUCGAUCCAGUGAUGCAAAGUCUCGGCUAUUGCUGUGGAAGGAAGCUGGAGUUUUCUCCGCAGACACUUUGCUGCUAUGGAAAGCAGCUGUGCACUAUUCCCAGAGACGCCGUUUACUUCAGCUACCAGAACAGGUACCACUACUGUGAGAAGUGCUUCAACGAGAUCCAGGGAGAGAACGUUUCCCUGGGUGAUGACCCUACCCAGCCACAGACGUCUAUUAACAAGGAUCAGUUUGAGAAAAAGAAGAAUGACACACUGGACCCUGAGCUGCUUGUUGAAUGUAUGGACUGUGGACGCAGGAUGCAUCAGAUCUGUGUUUUGCACAAUGACACAAUCUGGCCAUCAGGUUUUGUAUGUGAUGGCUGCUUGAAGAAGACAAAUAAGACAAGGAAAGAAAACAAGUAUUCUGCCAAAAGGUUGCCUCAGACCAAAUUGAGCUGUUUUCUGGAGAUCAGAGUGAAUGACUUUUUAAAGCGUCAGUCCCAUCCAGAAGCUGGAGAAGUCUUCAUUCGUGUUGUCCAUGUCUCUGACAAAGUGGUGGAAGUGAAACCAGGCAUGAAGUCCAGAUUUGUGGACAGCGGCGAGAUGUCGGAGUCUUUUCCAUACAGGACGAAAGCCCUUUUUGCAUUUGAGGAUAUUGAUGGUGCUGAUGUCUGCUUCUUCGGUAUGCACGUUCAGGAGUACGGGUCUGACUGCCCUCAGCCCAACCAGAGGCGAGUGUACAUUUCCUACCUGGACAGCGUGCACUUUUUUCGGCCUCGCUCUCUAAGAACAGCAGUUUACCAUGAAAUCCUCAUUGGCUACUUGGAGUAUGUCAAGAAGUUGGGUUACACCACUGGCCACAUCUGGGCCUGCCCACCCAGUGAAGGUGACGACUACAUCUUCCACUGCCACCCUGCUGAUCAGAAGAUCCCAAAGCCCAAGCGACUUCAGGAGUGGUACAAGAAGAUGUUAGACAAAGCUGUGGCAGAGCGGAUUGUACAUGACUAUAAGGAUAUUUUCAAGCAGGCGACAGAAGAUCGCUUGACCAGUGCCAAGGAACUGCCUUAUUUUGAAGGUGACUUUUGGCCCAAUGUACUGGAGGAGAGUAUUAAAGAGCUGGAGCAGGAGGAGGAGGAGAGGAAAAGGGAGGAGAACAGCACUUCCAAUGAGAGUAUCGAUGACACAAAAGUUGACAGCAAAAAUGCAAAGAAGAAGAACAACAAAAAGACAAGUAAGAACAAGAGCAGCUUGAGCCGAGCCAAUAAGAAGAAGCCAGGGAUGCCAAACGUCUCCAAUGACCUUUCUCAGAAACUCUAUGCCACUAUGGAAAAACACAAAGAGGUGUUCUUUGUGAUCCGGCUGAUUGCAGGCCCCAUGGCAAAUGCUUUGCCUCCCAUCGCAGACCCAGAUCCUUUGAUGGCAUGCGACCUCAUGGAUGGUCGUGAUGCUUUCUUGACACUGGCGCGGGACAAACACCUUGAGUUCAGCUCACUGAGGAGGUCUAUGUGGAGUUCUAUGUGCAUGCUGGUGGAGUUGCACAACCAAAGCCAGGAUCGCUUUGUUUACACAUGCAAUGAAUGCAAACACCAUGUGGAGACUCGUUUCCACUGCACCGUUUGUGAGGAUUACGAUCUCUGCAUCACGUGUUAUCACACUAAGGGCCAUGAGCACAAGAUGGAGAAACUAGGCCUCGGCUUGGACGACGAGAGCAGCAACCAGGCUGCAGCAACCACUCAGAGCCCUGGAGAUUCGCGCCGCCUCAGCAUCCAGCGUUGCAUCCAGUCCCUCGUCCACGCGUGCCAGUGUCGAAAUGCAAAUUGCUCACUCCCGUCCUGUCAGAAGAUGAAACGUGUCGUCCAGCACACAAAAGGCUGCAAGAGAAAGACAAAUGGUGGUUGCCCCAUUUGCAAGCAGCUUAUUGCAUUGUGUUGCUACCAUGCUAAGCACUGUCAGGAGAACAAGUGUCCAGUUCCCUUCUGCCUAAAUAUCAAGCACAAGCUUCGCCAGCAGCAGCUGCAGCACAGGCUGCAGCAGGCUCAGAUGCUAAGAAGGAGAAUGGCCAGCAUGCAGAGAGUAGGCCAGCCUGCUCCAGGAGGAGCUCCUGGGGGAAAUGGCCUUCCCUCUCCAGGGGGCAACAAUGGAACUGGUCCUGCUACCCCAACAUCUGUUGGUACGCAGCCUCCAACUCCACAGACGCCCACCCAGGGUAACAUGCCUGCUCUUCCCCAGCCGCAGGGAGUCGGAAUGGGAACUCCAGUCCAGCAAAUGCAGGUUCAACAGCAAGGUGGCACCCUUCCUCCUCAACAUCAUCUUCAUCAGUUUCAGACAGUGGGUGGAGGUGGAAUGAUGAAUUCCCAGCAGCAGCAGAUGGUGCCUCAGCUCCAGCAGCAGGCUCCCAAUGUCCAGCAACUCCAACAACAUGCUGGAGGUCUGCCUCCAUACAACCCCAGACCACCUGGAGCAUCUCCCCUUCACCAGUCACUGGGAAAACCUGGACUGGGUCCAGCCACGCCUCCUCAGCAGCAGCAACAGCCGAACCAGGGACAGGGGUCCAUGUCGGUACAAGGCCAGCAGCAGGGGCCCCCUCUGGCUGCUGUAGAGACAGCCCUUAAGAUCCAACGCCUUGCAGAGACCCAAAGACAGCAGGCCCAAGCACAGAUCCGUGGCUUGGGACAGGGGGGCAUGAUGCCGCCACAUCCUCACCACCAGAACAGCCAGGCCCAGUUGGGAAUGCCCCACAUUGGGGCCCAGGGCAUGCCCCCCCAGGCUCAGGGAGUUGUUGGUAGGACUUUGUUAGACCCACAACAACAGGGAAUGCUAGCUGGAAUGCAGCAAGGUGGCCCUCAGUCACAGCUGCCACCUCAAGUUCAGCUACAGCAGCAGGCCCAGCAGAUCGGUGGUGGACAACUUCAGCCAACAAACCAGCAGUGGGGCCCUGGGGGACCAACAAUGAAUCCACAACAAAGAGCAGGCAUGAUGGGUCACAUGGCACCACAGCAGCCGCCAGCAGUUCCUCAACAACAGCAGCAGCCAAUGAAUCCGCAGCAACCUCAACCAGGAAACCGGGGGUUGAUGCAAGUAAUGGGUGUAUCAGGAUCACCAACAGGAGCAUCUGCUUCAAUAGUGAGUGCAGCUGCUUCAGGAAACUUGCCCCAGGCAGCAUUACAAGAUCUACUGCGAACACUACGCUCUCCAAGCUCACCGUUGCAACAGCAGCAAGUUCUCAACAUCCUCCGUUCCAACCCAACGCUAAUGGCUGCUUUUAUUCGUCAGAGAGCAGCCAGGUAUCAAGGUGGUCAAGGAGGACCAGUAGGACCAGGUGGACCCACACAAGGUGGUCCCGGAGGUGUAAGGUUCCCAGGGGCUCCUGGAGGGUUGCCUGGUUUAGGAGGGCCUGGAGCCAACCAGCUUGCUAAUUUGGAUGGACAACAGCAGGUUAAUGUAAACCAGGCAGGUCAGCCAGGGAUGAAUAUAGCUCAGAGUGGAGCAGGGGGAGGGAAUAUGCCCACCAUGGCUCAGUUACAGCAGUUACAACAGCAGCAACAACAGCGCCCAAUGUUGCCUGGGAAUCUCCAGCAACAGCAAAUGGCUGCAUUGCAGCAGCAACAGGGAGCAAUGCAACCAGGGCAACAGGGCAACAUGUCAAAUAUGACUCCACAGUUCAGAGAGUUGCUGAUGAGAAGACACCUGCAGCAGCAACAACAGCAGCAGCAGCAGCAGCAGCAGCAGCAGAUGGGAAACCAUCCACAGUUCCAGCAGCAGCUUGGCCAACAAAACUUCCUGCAACCUGGACAGGGACAGCCAGGAAUACCUCCCUCCUCUCAGCCUCAGCCUGUAGGUGUAGGGGUCCCUCAGCAGCAGCAAGGAGGACCACAGGGUGUGCCAGGACAGCUGAACCAGCAGCAAGGAUACUCCAAUUCCAUGUCACAGGUAACUGCAGCACUCCAGCAAAGGCUCCAACAUCAGAUGCAGAUGCAGCAGCAGCAGCAGCAGCAGAAUUCAAUGGGCGGCCAUCAAGGACAGGAUAUUGGGUCCAGCGGGAGUGUGGGACCCCCGCUCCAGCCAGGACAAGGAGGAUCAGGGCCAGGGCAACAGCAAGGCGGAGGUGGUGGACCCCCACUGUCACAAACGUCCCAAGGAAUGCUACACCAGAACAUCCAUCAGAGGCUCCUGCAGCAGCAGCACCUUGGAGGGGGCUCUCCUGCCCAGCAUAGCAGCCCCAUGAGUCCUCAACAGCAAAUGGCCCAGUCCCCUCACCUCCAAGGACAAGGAGGACUUGGUCCAGCAGGAUCACUCGGCAAUCAGGUCAGGUCCCCUCAGCCUUCACCGAGGCCGCAGUCGCAGCCUCCACACUCCAGCCCGUCCCCACGCAUGCAGCCCUCCUCUCAACCUCAGCCCUCUCCUCAUCGCAUCUCCCCACAGACCCAGACUGGGUCGCCACACCCGGGCCACCUCAGUCAGCAUCACCCCAGUAUGGCACCGCCCCAACCACCACAAGCCCAACAGCAGGCGUUGCCUCAGCAGCCAGGUGGUUCUGUAGAUCCCAGUCAGUUCAGCUCAGACCAGAACUCUAUCAUGUCCCAGCUGAGCGGGAUGACAGGGAUGCACGGAGGUCAGGGCGGGCAGUCAGACAUGUUGGGGGGGAAUAAUAAUGGCAACAACAACCAGGAGCUGGGAACGAACAUUAACCACAACCUUAUGUAGCCUUGACUUCAUACUGUCUGGAUGUUCUGAUCUGUGGCCCCAAACAACAAACUGCCAAGAAAGGACAGUGAGAUGGGACUCUUUGGGGUUUUAGAAGUUUUUAUUUUUUAUUUAAAUAUUUUUGUGAUGUAUAAAUAUGAACCGAAGCUUCCUUCCUAUGGGAGAUGCGACAUUAAUCUUAGAAGUGAAUAAAUGAAUAAAUUAAAACAAUGGUAAGUUAUUGCUGUUAAUAUAUAUCUAUAUAUUUUUGCCAAUUGUGUACAAAAAAAGGCAGAAGGGCAGUGUUUCAGGUGAAGAUAUUUCUUCCUUAAGUAUAUGACAAUAUUUUUGGGGACUGAGAAUUUUGCCUUUUUAUGAAGAUUUUUAAGACUUCAAAUGUGGCUAAAAUUAAAGUGAGUUGACACAAUGUACCUUUUUUAUAUAUUUUUUUCUUAAAUACCCUGUUAUGAUUGUAUCUAUUUUGCAGAGUAUGUUUAUUUUAUUUCCAUAUCAUUUUGUUCCCUCGAUAAAUCAUAAAAACAAGCAUCAACAUAUCUUCCGUUACAGAAGUUUUCUUCUGGACAGCUUUCACAGAAAUGUACAUUUUACAGUGACUGCAGCAGUUUCCAUAUAAAUAUUUAUUUAGCUUAAUUAGGUGGGGAGGGAGGGUGUGUUAAAUGCAGCUUGAUUUUUGACAGCUAUCCUAUUUUUUUUUUUCUCCUCCUGUGUCAGGGUUUAUAGUUUCGAAUUAAACCUUAACAGUGUUUUGUUUGGUGGGUGAGACGUUUUUCUGCAAACGAUGGCCACUUUUGCAGAAUGGAUAGAAAACCUUGCUGCCCACCGCUCCACCUUCCUGUGAACGAGCACACUUUCCGUACCCUGACCCCCCCCUCCACCACCACCUCCAAAAUGUGGAGGGAUUAACUGUUGACGCCCUGUCGCCUGGAUGUCAAUUUCCCAUUUCAAACAGGCUGGUUUAUGAAAAGGUUGUACAUAUAUUAAGUUGUUUAUAAACUGUGACGUGAAGAAGAGAUUGAUAAUGUUUUGUGAGGUUAAAGAAAAUCCUGCCUGUGUCCCUUCUACCACAACGGUUUUCCUUCUAAUACGUUGUCUGUUUUACCUUUUUGGUCCUCAUCCUCAUGGACUCUUAGUCACAAGGUUUAAUUCGAUGUUAGUACUGUACAGUUUAAGAAAUGGUUGACUUGGAUUCAGUUCCUUGUUUUGUUUUUGUUCAUAAAGUUAAAGGUAUAAAAAAAGUGUACAUACUUAAGAACCUUAGGAGUGGAGAUUUUCUGCUCCUUGUUUCCCCUCUUUUGAUUGGAUGUUUGUCUGUGUAAAACAAAACAAGUGCUCCUGAGCUGCUGUACAGUAUUGAGGUUUUUCUUUUCUUUUCUAAAAAUGUACAGUAUGGGGUGUUGUAGGUCACAAGCACCAAUGCGCCUUUUUCUGUGUAAUUUUUGAGGUUUUAAAGAGGGAGGGAUUAUUUUAACAAGUCCACCCACCUUACUAAUCUGAAAACUUUAGCCGUGAAACCUGCAUGAAAUGGAGCCGAAGCGAGGGUCGAUGAGAGCCGUGACCCCCGAAAGACUUAAAAAAAAUUUGGUCGUUUAGCUUUUUGUGGAGAGGACUGAAGACAAUAUUCACAUGCUCACUAUUUUUCUCAAAGUUGGGCUUGCUGGGUAUCGGGGAGGGAACACACACCAGAACCAGGUUGCAAUAUAUCUUGAGACUUAUUUUAUAAGAAAAAAAAGGAUAAACUGUCUUUUAUAUAUAGAUAUAUUAUUUAAUUUUAUUUUUUUGAAAAUAAAACUUGAAGCUACAGGAAUUAUUAGAUAAAAACCUUUUGUUUUGUAUUAAAGAUGUUAUGGUGAUGCAAAAAGACACUGCAGACAGUCAUUCAGUUUGCCCUGGGGAGGCCGUGGAGUCCAUUACACCAUCCUUUUGAUGAAAUGUUUUAUGUACAUGAAUAUAGUUGUAAACAUACUGAAUCACUGUACAAACUGAUGGCAACUGAACAAACUUUUUUUUCUUCCAUUUCCUAAAAAGAGACUGGAAAUACUAUUAUUUAAAUAUUUCUUUAGUAUUCAAAUGGAAUCUGACCACUUCUUUGUUCCUCUUAACAAUUUCGGUGCUUGCUGAGAGAAAGCAAAAAUAACUUGCUCCAUUUUCAUUUGUUUCUCUUCUUUUUUUUUAAGUUAUUUUGGUGGUCUGAUUUUUAAAUUUUUUUUCUUUUUUUGCCAAUAAAUUAAUUGUACAAUAAAGUAUGUUUGUACCAUUGGAAAAAUACUUGUAUU